AUGGGUCAAGAAGGGCACCUGUUGAUUGGGGCUUUUACUUUAAUACCCCUCCGCGGCCUUCAUCGAUUACGGGACACCGCCGUUGGUUUUGGUGAGAAUCAAGUUGUGUGUUGGAAAGGUUACCUGGCGACAGGUAGAGGAAUAAUUGAAGAGGUAGGGCUUGAUGAGAGGCGAGCAGUUGGCAAGGACCUGGCUCAAUGGGACGGCCGGGAGGAGGGGAACCUCCCAUCGCUUCCACAGUUAUCCGCUUGCUGUCUCGUAUCCUCCAUCCGGGGGCAAGACCUUACUCCUCCCCCUGCUGAAGAUCCCUCCACGGUAACAGCGCCGACAACUGAUGGAUCAAGUCCAGAAAGUCACAUUUAUCAUAUACAAACUACCCCCCAACAAACUACCAUCAACGACGCAUCUCCAGCGAUUGUUUCCAGCAUGACUUCUCAGGCAACGGUCUUAGAAAACGAACCCGUCAACGCAGUCAAUCCACCAGUUACGACUUUGACACCUUCUGCGUCCUCAACCCCUCCCAACGAAAAAUCAACGGCUUCUCUGAUAAAAACAAGCAUUGGCACUGCAUCGGUGAACAACCCAGCUACCAGCGAUGAACCCAGUGCAGAAACAAAUGCUUAUUCAACAAUACCCAGCGUCAUUUCUACUUCAACAUCAACAAAACAACCCGAUACAGCUAAACCAAACGACGAUAUUUUGGAGCCUGUUGUCAAGCCUCUCAAUGAUACUCUGUUUGCUGGAAGUCAUUGGAUUUCCCAGCAGGAUUCCGCUCCGGCUCAACUCAGCAGUGGCUGCAGAAGAGCAUUCCAGAGUUCAUCUCUGCCUUGGAUUGGCCCUCAACCAACUAGAUUAUCGGCUUUGGUCCCGAACUGGAGAGGAUGGCAUGCCACAGAGCACACCCUAACUUGA